UCCAGCUAUGGCUAACAGGAUGUAUGGUCUGUCUUCCAGCUAUUGCUAACAGGAUGUAUGGUCUGUCUUCCAGCUAUUGCUAACAGGAUGUAUGGUCUGUCUUCCAGCUAUUGUAAAACAGAGGACGAAUGCUUCCAGGAGAAUCUGCGGCUGUCUGUUACAUACGACAUGGCAGCUAAGAAGAGAAGGAAAGACUUCAUGAACAACAACGCAAAGAUUCCCUAUUUCCACAAAGAGAAAUGGAUUUACGUUCACAAAGGAAGCACUAAAGAGCGUCAUGGUUACUGCACUCUGGGAGAAGCGUUCAACCGGCUGGACUUCUGCAGCGCCAUGAGACAACGGAGGUUCAACUAUAAUAAAUGCGG